GAGUCACCAGAGGAUAUUUUGGCCAUGAACUCUGACCAAGUUUGUCUCAAUUGAGAAAUCCCCAGGGCUGACACACGUCAGUAGUCAGAGCUGGGGAUCCAAGUCAAAUAGCAGAGGGAGCAAAGGCUUAGGACUGUGUGUGUCUGAUGGAUUCAGCCACGAGUGUCUGGGGUCAGGCCAAAGCAUCCAGCCAACUGGGUGAGGUCAGGGUAGGGGCUGCUCAUUUCUUCCCACAGAUACCUGCUGUCUGAAACUGAGAGCCAGGAUUUGAGUCAGGGAGCCCUUUCCACACAGCCUGGAACAGAGGAGCUCUGCUGGCAGCUGGCCCUUCUGCCCCAUGGCUCUUCUGGUUGUGUCUAGAUAAGCAGGGCCCCCUCCAGUGAUUUCCCAGAGCUGCCAGGCUGGGAACUCAUCUUCACAUCCAGCCUCCUUCCCUGUGAUUAACUCAGCUCUGCUGGAGUGGUUUUCCUCCAUGAUUCAAUGUAGGGGUAAUAGAGCUCCCUUUUUUUUUUUAAGGCAGGGGCAGUGCAGGAUGCUGCUGUGCCCUAGCAGAGCUCUCCUGCCUGUUUCCUAAGCACUGGGCAUUGCUGUGCACCUGCCUUGCCCCUUGUGGGGGGUGAUGAGGGUGGUCCAGGGGCUGGGCUGGCCCCAGGGCUGAGGCAGAGCUGGGGCUUUGCCCACAUACCUCCAAAUCUCACGGUGGGAAACAUGGUGCUCCUGUGCCUCUGGCAGGGCUGUGGUGCUGGGUCCCUUCCUGCAAGUGGUGGGAGCUGCUGGAGAGCCCAGGGCACAGGCUGUGUUUCCCACUGACACUGUUGUGGUUUCAGCAGCCAGAUCUCCCAGCAACAGUGAAUGGCCCCUGCAGAUUCUUGAGCCCCCUGCAGCUGCAGGGUAUGAGACAGGGGUAGAGCAGGGGCUGAGCUAAACAACAGCCUGUUGGUAAGGCUGACUGCUCCAUGUGGUCCCAGCUGCUCUGAAUUUCAGACUUUUUGUAGUCUUGUGGUGUUUCCUGCCCCCCAUUUGUCCUGCAGUUCAUUUGGGCUGUGGUGGUGCCACAUCUGCCCACCCUGCUCCUAAGCCCAGCACUGCUGCAAGGGCAGCCUGGCCUCCUCUGCGAAAUGACUGGAUCCCACUGGAAUAAUCAUCCUGAGAACUCUGCCUGUGCUGGUCCUACUCUGGAGAAGGAGGCAGUGGGGUUUUGCAGCCCCAUGAUGUACGUUGUCAUGUGCCAGCUGCAUCUUCUGUUUGGUGCCCAAAUGUUGCUGUGCAAGUGUUCCUGCAGCAAUGUGUCAGGGCCCUGUAGCAUCAUCUCCUUUUCCUGUGGAAAACAUAUGGGUGAAACCAUGUCCCUUGGGCUGCUCAGCAGAUGGGAAAGGCCUGAAUGGUGGGAACCAGUAACAACACUGAUGUGCUGUGUUAUCCAAUGCUCACUGCUCUGUGGACAAAUUCCCUUUCUCUGAAAUGCACCUCCUUGCAUGAGGAGAUGAUUUCCCUCUGUCUUGCUGGGUUUCAUUUUACAGUCAGUCUAAACCAUGGACUUGUCCUGCUCAGGGCUUGGGACAAGGUGUGUGUGUGUGUGACAUUGCUCACCUAGGACACGGAGGGAGACUCAUGUUCAUCUUGUCACCACCUUGCAGAAUUUGGGGAGUGCUGCUGGGUAACAGGUGGAGCUGUAUCUGCAGUGUGCUCGUACCUGCAAGAGCUCAGGGGCACAAAACACAAGCUGCUGAUACCUGCAGGGGCAGGAUUCCACAAGGCCAGAAGACACUACAGCAAAGCUCCAGCCUUGGAUGGGCUUUGGAGCUGGUCUCAUGCAGCUGUGGCUGCAUGACCUUGCUGCAGGCUGGCUCUAAUAAAUCUGAUAGAGCAGGUUUGCCCAGGUGGGCUCAGGUGGGACACAGCCAGGCUCUGCUGCAUGUGCCAGGACUGUGUGACACCACAUCCCCCUGGCAGGGGCACAACAGCCCUUGCUGCCCUGCAGUCCAGCUGUGCCAGGAACUGUGGGGCCCUAUCAGGUCUAACCAGCCCCUUGCUGCUGCAGGUGGGGCCCUGCUCAGUUAUAGCUGCUCUGAAUGACCCAGAACGCAGAAGAGAGAUGAGCCAUUGGGUGCACCAGAGCUCUGCAGGGUGGCACAGCAGAGCAAGAGUCCAGCUUCCUGCAUCAUGUCCUUGGGUGAUGGUAGUGCUUCCUCCUCAGGACCUGCCCAUGCCAGAGGCGCAGUGCUGGGGUGUUCCAAAAAGGCACGACUCUGCCUCAGAGCUCCAUUUUCCCUCAAAACCAGAGCACACACAGGGCAGUCACGUUGGGACCCACCUGCAACGUCUUUGGCUUAGGGUGCUGCAGCAGGGAGAAAGUGGGCUGUCCCUGGAUGGUGAUGAGGCGGCAUUGGUGGCAGCUGAGCCUGCCUGUGGAGGGCAAGAGGCACCCACCAGCUCUGGCACAUGAGAAGUGCCUGCUGACCACACUGCUGAGAAGGAUAGCCUGGGCUGGCGGCCAUGUGACACGGUGUCUCUGGGCCCUGUGACAGGUGCCACAGACAGGAGGGGCUUCACGCCCACUGAGCUGGUGGCCUUUGGCUGUAACGGUCUGCUGUCCUUCCGCACGAGGCAGCAGCUGUGCUGCAGCCAUCUCUGCACUGGUCCCUUGGGAAAUGUCUUCUGCCAGUGACCUCGGCAGCCACCCACCAUGGCUGCCCAUGGCUGCUGCUCCUGAGGCGGCCCUGGCGAAGAGGCAGCACCCUUGGCAGCUCCCAGCCCCUGCUGCAGGUUAUGCUGUGACCCAGACAAGCAGUUCCUGUCCGUGAUGGAGCUGCAUGGAGGGAGCAGCAACUUUCCUUAUGCUGCUUCUGUGAUGAGACAGCUGCUGGGGGAUUCUGGCACCUCCCAUCUUCCAUUCUCCCUGAUGACUCCCCGGCCUCUUGCCUCCCCAGAGCAUCCUUGGCAUGGUGUGGCUCAGGCUCCUGGCCUCUGGUGCACCUGGCAGCAGAGGGCCUGAGUGGGAGACACCAGAGAAACCUCUCUGCUCUUCCCAUCAGUGAAGAGAGAUGGUCAGUGAUGCUGCCCCAGUUCCCAGGGCAGAGGGUGCUGGGGUGGGCUGUGGGUGCGUUGGUGCAGCUGAAGGAAAGGGGCUGGGGUGAAGGUGGGUGCUGAGCAAUGCUCAGCUCUCACCCCCUCCCUGAAGCCCAGCUGCAGCAGAGCGAGCAGCCCUGGGGAGCUGAGUCCCUGAGCCCCCUGUGUCAUUUACAUACGUCCCACCAGUGCCUGCGGUACAGCAGCCUGGGUUUGUGUAGCACCCCAGACCCUCUCUGAAACAGCCUCCCUUCCUCUGCCUCCUGCCAUGGCCCUGGGCUUCAUGGUCCUGCUCCUGGUGGGGACGAUGGGCACAGCUUCCAGGGCUCAGCCCGUGCUGACCCAGCCAAACUCUGUGUUCGUGCUGCCUGGGCAGACGGCUCGGCUGUUCUGCACCCUGAGCCCCCAGUACAACAUCAGCCAGUUCGGCAUCUCCUGGUACCAGCAGCGCCCAGGGCACUCCCUGAGGUAUCUGCUCUAUUACAACUCCGAGCGAGACAAGCACAGGCCUGCCAAAAUUCCUGACCGCUUCUCUGCCACCAAAGACCUCGCCAGCAACGCCUGCAUCCUCACCAUCGCAUCCGCCUGCCAGGACGACAACGGCACCUAUUACUGUUCCCUGUCACCUGCCUUCAAAUGGUUCUAGAAAUGGAGAACAAAAGCUUUCUGCGCUUUUCUUGGCGACUCUGACGUGCUUUCAGCAGGGAGAGCAGCAGCCCUGGGAGAGACGGGAAAAGUCCCUCUUGCAUGCUUGAGCAGGCCCAGCAGCGCUGCCUCGUGCUGGGAAGUGCGGCAACCUCCUCUUUGUCCCCAGGCGUCCCCCAUAAGGCAUUAGACAGCCCGACACGGCAGGAGACCGGCCAGGCCUCCUGCUGCAGCGGGAGGAUGGAGGGCUCGGCUGUGGCCUGCCUUUCCCGGGCUCUUCCAGCACCUGGCACAAGGCAGCCUUGAUCCGGCUGGGGCUUCUGCAGAGUUUGGCUCACCUGGUAAUAAAGGUUAAUCUUCACCCA